GAUUACGCUAGCCGGAACGUGGGGUUUGGUUGUCCUUGGUUGCAUUGGCGUCGCAAGAUCCACUUCAUGUACCUGCAUGCGAGAGAUUUCAUUCUCCAGCACCUACGAAUCCGUCUCCCCGAACUAGCGAGGUCACCUCAGGAUGAGAUCCAUCAAUGAAAACUUUUAUUGUUUGCUCUUUCUUGUGAUUUUCGGGGCCCAAGGAAAUGGCUUACAACAGUUUAUGGCUGACAAGGAAACAAUCGUGAAGAUAUUGUCUUCAGGAAAGUUAAUUCAGUGUUCUUCCUCUAUUGAUGUUUUGUUGUUGAUGGAUGGAUCAUAUAGCAUUGGGAAAGGAAGCUUUGAAAGAUCAAAACACUUUGCUGCCAAACUGUGUGAUAUUCUUGACAUUAAUCCUGACAGAGUUCGCAUUGGAGUAAUCCAAUUCAGUUCAAAACCUGAGGUAGAAUUUGGGCUGGAAACUUACCCCACAAGAAAAGAAGCCAAAGAUGCCAUCAAAAAGAUUACUUUCAGAGGUGGGAGCACAGAGAUUGGUAAAGCAGUAACAUAUGCGCUGGACAAAGGGUUUCAAGGAGGACGGGAAGAUGCUCUGAAAAUCGUCGUGAUUCUCUCUGAUGGUAAAUCACAAGACAAUGCAACAAUGCCACUGAGGCGUGCAAGGAACAGCGGAAUAACAAUAUUUGCAGUCGGAAUCAGGCACCCAGGGUGGAACGAACUGGACACUAUCGCUAACCAUCCCAGCGACAAGCAUGUGUUUUACGCAAAGCAUUAUGAUGAUGCAGUCAAUGGUCUGUACACCACACUGACACAAUCCACUGUCUGUUCUGAUGUCCAUCCAGCCUGCAGAGUGGUGUCACAGUUUUGUCAAAGAACAACAGUCAAUGCUGAGAGGAAGUACCGUGGAAACCAUCUUUGCUGGAAAGGCAAACACAUUGGUGCAAAACAACAUGGAAAACCCUUUGCUGCGUUCUGUCCUUUCUACACCUGGAAAAGGACGUACACUCGGAUUCAAAGUCGCUGCUUCCGCACGCUCUGUCCAGAUCCAUGUGAUUCAGGUCCAUGUCACAAUGGGGGAACUUGCGUUGCAGAGACUGUGGAUGAAUAUAGCUGUCUGUGUCCCCUUGGCUUUGGUGGGGACAAACACUGCCGUAACCCAUGUCAUUGUGCAGUCCAUAUGAAUCGGUGUAUAUAUGUUUCCUCUGCAGCUCUUCCUGGCAUUGUAGAUUGUCCUGUUGACCUCCUCUUUCUGGUGGAUGGAUCGUGGAGCAUGGGUCCAAAGGGAUUCCUUCAAGCUAAAGCCUUUGUUAAAAGACUUCUUCAAAUUGUCAUUCCCUCCUCAGACAGAGUACAAGUUGGAUUUAUUCAGUAUAGUAACAAAACAAAUAUUGAGAUUGGAUGGGGGCAGUACAGUAACAGUGGCAAUUUGAUGAAAUUAAUAGAUACGAUACACUUCCGUGGAGGCGAGCCUCUCACAGGCAGUGUCCUGCAUUAUAUAGUUGAAGGUGGUUUCAUGAUCAAUGGAGAUUCCGAAAUGGAUGUGCCCCAUUUUCUUGUACUCCUCCUCAGUUCUAAAUCUCAAGACUCUGUGAUAGUCCCUGUACAGUACGCCAAAGACAAGGAUGUAUUUGUUCUACCUGUCGGUGGAAAGCACAUAGUUAAUCAAUCAAACCACAUAGCUGGAGACGAUCAGCUGGGAUUUACAUAUGGUGAACCCCAGGAGCUCUACAAUAGGAUUCUGGAGCUCAGCGUGAAGAGAUGUGGACACAGCAGAGGCUGUUUUUCCACGUCCUUGGAUUUAGUGUUUGCCUUAGAUGCUUCUGGUGACAUUGGAAGAGGGAAUUUCCGACAAAUAAAGGGAUUUGUGAGGAACACUGUCUCCCAGUUUGUCAUCGACAGAGACCGUACGCAGGUUGCUGUGGUGAUCUACAGCAACAAACCUCGAACCCUCUUCAACCUGGACUCUCUUGACAGUGAAGGGAAAAUUAAAAGGGCCAUCAGCUCAGGCCCCUUCCUGGAUGGGUACGCACACACUGGGAAAGCACUCCAGCACGUUCUGAAGGAUACUCUGAGCACCGAGAAGGGAGCAAGACCAGGUAUCCAGAAGGUCAUUGUGGUCAUUACCAACAGUCAGAGUGCCGAUGAUGCUGCUGCUGCUGCUGCUGAGGAUCUGAGACAUGCUAGGGCCACCAUCAUAACAUUGGGAUUGGAGGAUGAUCAAGGAACAUCGAUGCUGAGGAUUGCAGGAAGCCUCGAGUUCACGAUUCCUGUUCACUCCUAUGAAGACCUCAAAUAUUAUGAGAAUAUCUUGGUGCAAAAAAUAUGUGGAGUUUCUAACCAAUAGAUUUUCAAGUAAUUUUGAAAACCAAGAUCGAUUUCAAAAUCUUUGCUCAGGGCCAGACUCCAUUACGAUACUCUUUGGUCAGCUGGGAAAUUGGAAUCGGAUUAAUUUUUCAGCUUUCAGUUAACGACCAGUGGAAGAUCUCCCUCUGCUGUUCGAUGUGGGAAAUCUUUAAAUGACAAAACAAUAAAUGUAACCCUUCGAAAACUCGAAAGAAAGCACUUUUUUUUUCAAAUCCGAAAUUAUUUCGUAAGUGGGAAUGUUCACUGUUAGCUUCUUUGCCAAUCAUGUGUUUCACUGAUCUUAUGUAUGUAA